AAAAUAGGAAGAGAAAAAAGGAAAAGAAGGCACUGGACUGGUAUUUCAAACACAGUCCCAAUUCAUUGUAGAGAGAGAGAGGAGAGAGAGAGAGAUUGAUAUAGAGAGAGAGAGAGAGAGAGAGAGAGAGAGAGAGAGAGAGAAAGAGGGAGAGAGAGUUUACAGCUAUGUCCAGUUCGUCGCCGGCCGAACAACCUCUGGAGAAACAAGUAUCCAAUGAAUCCGACGUCGUAUUUGAAGUUUCUCUCUCCCUGAACAAAGAAACCCUAAAUCAAACCCCAAAAUCCGACCUAGAAAUUAACCAUUCUCCACACCCAAUUCCCGAUCCGGAAGAGAAUAGCGCCGCCGAUGAAGAAGAAGAAGAGGAAGCCGACGACGAAGGAGAAGAACAAGAAACCCUAGCAAUUUCAUCAGGUAUGCCAAUCACUGAACGCCACGUGUCCAUUUCUGAUGUCACAAUCACGUCGCCACCCGACACCCCAAACCCUAGGCGUGGUGGAGCCAAGAAACGGAAGAAGGGUAAAAGUAAAGCCAAAGCUAAAGGUAAGCCCAGCAUCAAGAAACAGCAAGCCAUUGAUGAAAAGUUCCAAGCUUUGUCGAAAAAAUUGAACCCCAUCCCCUUUCUAGCGAACAAGAUUCUCGAUUUCGCCAAGCACGAGAAGCUUCUGAAGAGGCUUGGCUUGUGGGACUUUGUUCACAUAACUUUCGACAGGGACGUAAGGGCCGACUUGAUUGCGCAGUUGGUUGCUAGCUACGGUGUGAAUCCGCGUGUUAGCUACGUCAAGGAUUGCCGUAUCAAUGUCAAUCGAGCCGACUUGGCGCGUGCGUUGAAGUUGCCUAUCAAGAAGGAGAAGGGCAAAGCGGGUGUGGUGGAAGUUGACUCGGAUUGGGAGCCUCUAUCGGGUGAGUCGAUAGGGUUUGUUGUUGAGUUUGUUUCCGAUUGGGUUCUUCUGCACGAGGAUAUGUGGAUGAUGCCGAACGAGGUGAUUGAAUGGCUGAAGGUGAUAAAGGAUGGGCACCCGGAGAAGGUUGAUUGGGCUGGGUUGUUUUGGUUCAUGGUCGAGAAGGAGUUGAAGAAAGGCGAUCAGUUGACGGAUUGUUACUACGCGUCGCAUCUGCAGCACUUGAUGAAGUUCCAGCGGGGCGAAAAGUUCUUUAUCGAGGAGCCUGCUUUUGUAGAUGUUGAAUUGAAUGCAGAGUCCAAAGAAGAAGACGAAGAAGAAGAACAAGAGGAUGAAGAAGAAGACGAUGCAGUUAAUCUGAGUCUUGAGACGGAUGAUUGUGUCAUGGAGGGACCGAGCACUGAGCUCACACUCGGACAGGACAGUGAGAAUGAAGACGAAUUGAAAGAUGCCGAAAUGGUGGAUGCGGAAAAAGACGAGGAAAUUGAUGAAGCGGAGGAGGAGGAGGAUCAAGAACCGUGGCUUAUGCAUGGGAAAAACAAUAUGGGAGAGCAUUUCUUGCAGCGGUGUAAUGCAGAAAAGGCGGGAGAUUACGCGAGCACCGAUGAGGAAGAGAUUGGUGAGGAGGAAAACGAGGAGGAACCUGAAAACCAGUUUCACGGUUUCCCAACCGACGAAGAUGGAUUCACUGGGAAUCUACUUCAAACAAUGGAAGCUACACAUAUGGGCUUCGCAUCGCAGAAUCAGCUCUACAAUCCAUCUUUAGUGAACGAUGUUCAGCACAUUGCUUCGACCCCGUCUUUCUUCAACGACAUGGGCAAGAGGGUGAUUGGGCACGACAAUCAUAUCCCACAUAAUGACAGCAAUAAAAGAUUGAGGCUCGGUGAUUCUUUGUGGGACCAUAAUAAUAAUAAUAAUAAUAACAAGCCGGUCGAUUUCGGUAUGUGCAUGGAGCAAAUCCAGCAAAUGACCGAAAGAGCUAGGAUGUUCUACGAGGAGAAGGAGCAGAAUCUUGCGCGGUCCAAUAUGAGCCAACAGGUCCUGCUCGAGGAAGUGCACAAACGGGAUUCCGUGAUAGCGGAUUUGCACAAGGCCAGAUUCGAAGAGACGCAGAAGAAGGAUGGGGAAAUUUACCGCCUUGAACGGGAAAUAUAUAUGAUGGGGGGUGUUUUGGAAGGUUACCGCAAGGCGUUGAAGGACGUUUCAAAGUCGUUUGCGGAGUACAAGGAAAGGGCUCGGCUGCCUGAAGAACCGACGUACAAGGAUGUCGAAUCUGGGGGCGGUCUUAUGUUGACCGGCGCGGAAAUCGAGAGGCUUCGGAAGAAGAAAGAGGAGGAGUAUAAGAUGAGUUGCUUGAUUCUUGAACAGAAGGUGAAGGAAUUGGGAGUUCCUUUUCUUGAUCAGUUUAAUGGGUUUGCCGAAAAAGUUGAUCUUCUCGAUAAGAGGUUGGCGGGUAUUGAGGCGAACGGUAAAGGGCUUCUUGAAAUGUACGCGAAACGUAAAUUACCGAAGAGUGAAGAAGAAUUGCCUAAAGUUGACGAACCUUUACAAAUUACGCCACGACCUGAAGAACUAGUGCCUGAAGUUGAAGAAAGUGUCGUCCCGAUUGAAGAAACUGAAGAAAAAGUGCCUGUAAUUGCCGAACCACCUCUACCGUCUGAGUAAUUUGGUAACCUUUUACCUUUUGAUCUAAAUAGAAAAAUUAAGGUUGACUGUUGUUAGUUGUGAUAUAAAUUGUCAGUUAGUAUAUUCUCGGGUAGCGCGAAUUUGGUGCUGGGAUUUAUGCUUUUGAAUAUUAUCUACAAACCAGGUGGUGUCGAUUUCCACUGGUCUCUGUUUUGUUUUUUGGGAUUUUAGAAACAUCACUUUUUACAUUUUGGGUUUAAGCUUGAGACGGGAUUAAUUUCGUUUGCCGUGUUUUUUUUUCAAUUGUAUUUACAUAAUUUCUUCUG